AAUAAAUCCCUCUUAAAAUAUUGGAAAAAUGUUGGCAACACUAAGCAUGUCGGUUAAAAAACGAAUAUACCCGCGGUCCUUGUUGUAGUUGAAACGACGUCUUGGGCUGGUAAAGAUCACGAAUAUUUUUCGCUGAUCUUCAUCGAAUUUGUAGGUAUCUGAAUCUAAACAAAUAUUAUUGAAGAUUUGAUGAAAUUUAAGUUAACAGUAUCACUUUUUGUAGAUCAGCAUUUAUAAUAGAAGAAUUGGAAAGAGAUCAUAAGCAGUGGAAAUUUGUCUGAAAAAGCAAGUAACCAUAGAUUAAGCAAGAUGGUUGGUAAAGACUUAGACAUCGGAGAUUUAGUGUGGGCAAAAAUGAAAGGUUAUCCCCCAUGGCCAUCAAGAGUUAUGGAACCACCAACCAAACACACACAUACAAAGAAAAACCACCAUUAUGUUAAGUUUUUUGGUACUAAAAAUUAUGCAUGGAUUGAAGAUGAUAAGAUAUUUCCACACAGUGAUGAUAUGAUUGAUAAAACAUCAAAGAAAAAGCCUGGUGCUCUUGUUAAAGCUAUUGAAGAGAUAGUAGAUGAAUACAAGACAAGACCUCCAAAGAAAAAACCUCAAGAAGUUAUUGUGAGUAGUCCCUUAAAAUCUAAAGUGCCUGACACUCCAAAAAAGAGUGAAAAAGUUAAAGUUAAGAAGAGUGGCCUUGAAAGAAAGGAAAAAUCUGAAAAAAAGAUAUCAAGAAAACGAUCUGCCGAAUCUAACCAUUUUGAUGAUUACAGUUCGCUUAAAAUAGCCAAGCCAAGUUUUCGUAUGACUGAUAAAUCUAUUUCUACUGCUGAUUCCUCUGAAUCACAUUCCACUUUUUCAUCAAGCAUAUUACAAAGGCGUACUUACGUUGAUUGUCCCCAAACACCUCCUCUUGAUAUAAAAACCAUUAAAGAGACAUUGCUUGUUAAAAAUGUCAAACCAACCAGCAAGAAAAUAGGUUUUCUUGGUCUGAAUGCUCUGGGUCAGGGAAUUGUGAAAAAUUUGUUGAAUUCUGGUCAUAACGUUACAGUUUGGAAUCAGUUACCAAUAUUAUAUGAAGAAUUUUCUGAAGCUGGAGCUCAGAUUGCUCAAACGCCUGCAGAUGUAAUUGAAAAUUGUGAUAUUACAUUCUGCUGUGUUACUGAUCCUCAAGAAACAAAGAGACUUGUUUUCGAAAAUUGUGGAAUUUUAAAGGGCCUGGAGGGUUGUACAUCUUUAUCAAAAGGCUAUGUCGAAUUGACUGGAAUAGAUCCAGAAACUUCAAAAGAAAUAGCUAAGGAAAUUAGUUGCAAGGGAGGAAGGUAUAUUGAAGCACCUGUUACUGGUUCCAGAAGUCAAGCUGAAGAUGGUCAGUUAGUAGUUCUUGCAGCAGGGGACCAAGAACUUUUCAAUCAAUGCCAAAGUUGCUUUUCAGCAUUUUCCAAACAUGCUUACUUUGUCAGUUUACAUAUUGGAUAUGCCAGCAAAAUGUCACUUGCUUUAAGUAUGUUCAAAGGAACUGUCGUUGCUGCAUUAGCUGAAGCUCUAACUUUAAUCAAUAAAUGCAAACUUUGCCCUGACACAUUUUUAGCUAUUUUGGAUUUAAUUUGUGUCAACUCACAGAUGUUGCAGGAAAAGGGAAAGGCGAUGAAAGAUCGUGAAUAUACUCCUGAUGUCCCCCUCAACAGUCAGGAUAAAGAUUUGGGAUUAGCUCUAGCAUUAGCUGACUCUUUAAACCAACCUUUACCAUUGUCUGGUCAAGUGAAAGAAAUUUUCAAACGAGCUAAACUGCGCUGUUAUGGUGAUCAUGAUGUUUCUGCUGUUAUUGAGGGAACUAGGUUUAGUUAAAUGUUACAAACAUGAAAUGCAUCAUCAAAUACAUAACAAAUUCAUUAAUAAAUGGUCUUUUUGUUCUGUUUCAUCAUGUUAUACUUUUGUUACUUUUAUCCUCAUACACUUCAGUUUUUGAUCAUUUUUAAAUGUCUAAAUUAUGAGUAGUCUCCAUAUUUGUAACUUUAAAAUUGUGUUAGUUAUGUAAUUGUUUUCUCAUGAUGCAAGUAAAAUAAAUAUUUUUCAUUCUA